UGUGUAAAUGUUGUAAUUUAUAAGGUUGUGGAAAGCUGUGACCCUGGAGCUGAUCGUCUUGUCUUGAUCGUUUGUUUAUAAUUUUGGUGAAGAAAAAUAACAAAUCGGAAUCAUGGCUGGAGUGUUGGCUCGCAAAGCUGUAGAUCACCUUAAAAGCAAGGAGUUUCGGGAUUAUUUAAUGAGCACACAUUUCUGGGGUCCUGUUGCUAACUGGGGACUUCCCAUUGCUGCCAUAAAUGAUAUGAAGAAAAGCCCAGAGAUCAUCAGUGGAAGAAUGACCUUUGCUUUGUGUUGUUACUCGCUUCUAUUUAUGAGGUUUGCCUAUAAAGUGCAGCCUAGGAAUUGGCUUCUUUUUGCCUGCCACAUAACUAAUGAAGCUUCGCAGCUCAUCCAGGGUGGAAGGCUUAUUAAAUACAGAUUGGAAAAGAAGGCAGCCUCUCAAUAAUAGGGAACCAGAAGACUUCAAGGAGCAGCCAGACCGAAUUUCCAUCACCCAAGGCAAAAAUAAAAUCAAGCCUUCUGAUUUUAAAAAUCAUCUCACACAGAGUGGCCAGCAUGAAUUAAAACACAGCCUUUCACUCACUUUAUUUCUGUUUUUUUAUUUAAUAGAAAAGUAGCAUUGAAGUUUUAAUAGGCUGAUGGCAUAGAAACAUAUUGUGAUGCUGAUUUGAAUUUAUUUUACCUGUACCUGGUUCUAUUGUGAGUUAAUCAUAGAAGCUGUUCAUCAUAUAUAUUUAAGAUACGCUAAUGGAACCGACCCAUUCUGUUAAUAGGUGAUAGAGUUGAUAGAGGUGAUUUCCAAGUGGCUAACUACUUUGUCAACAGGGUUUAUUGAAAUAUUUGAUCAAUUAAAUGGUUGAAGAUGAA